AUUGAGUUAGCCUCUAGGUUACGUCAUCACAACAUCCGCUUUUGUCCACACAGUCAAAGAUGGCGGCUCCCAGGUUACCUCUUGCUGCUCUCUCUCUGAAACAGUUCCUCCAGAGGCAGAAGGUGUUGGGGAUCUACAGAAACAUGCUGAGGACCAUCAAGAAGGUCCCAGAUGAGUCGGACAGGAAGUACCUGAGAGACUGGGCAAGAGAUGAGUUCAAGAGGAACAGAAACGCCACGGAACAGGACGCCAUCCGGAUGAUGAUCACACAGGCGAACAAGCACCUGGAGGAGCUGCAGGGGUCUCUGGCGUUGGCGACCCUGAUCCGCUAGGAGUCACUGAAGACACUGUGUGUGUGUGUGUGUGUGUGUGUGUGUGUGUGUGUGUGUGUGUGUGUGUGUGUGUGUGUGUGUGUGUGUGUGUGUGUGUGUGUGUGUGUGUGUGUGUGUGUGUGUGUGUGUGUGUGUGUGGUAACCA